UGGAGUUUAUAUUUUUAGGUUUAGCGCCACUGGGCUUGGUUGGAACUGUGAGACUUUGCGGCCUUAGGUGGGCUCGCGUGAUCAUAAUGUCCCGAGAGAAGGAUGCAGAGAGUCAACAGUCUCAGGGCAGUACCUCAUCCCAGGCCCAUGGCUCUAGUGCCUGUUCACAGUCCCAAGGCUUCUCCCAGUCCCAAGGCACUUCCAGCUCCUCCACCAGCACUGCGCCCACCUCCAGCCAGUCUUCACACUCCAGCUCUGGGACCAUGAGCUCCUUAGAAACAGUAUGCACUCAGGAACUCUAUUCUAUUCCUGAGGACCAGGAAUCGGAGGAGCCUGUCUCUGCCCCUUGGGCUCGAUUAUGGGCCCUUCAGGAUGGAUUCUCCAAUCUUGACUGCGUUAACGACAGCUACUGGUUUGGGAGGGAUAAAAGCUGUGAAUAUUGCUUUGAUGAACCACUCUUGAAAAGAUCAGAUAAGUACCGGACCUAUAGCAAGAAACACUUCCGGAUUUUCAGGGAAAUGGGUCCUAAAAACUCCUAUAUCGCAUACAUAGAAGAUCACAGUGGGAACGGAACCUUUGUAAAUACAGAACUUGUAGGGAAAGGAAAAUGCCGCCCUUUGAGUAACAACUCUGAAAUUGCACUUUCACUAUGUAGAAAUAAAGUUUUCGUAUUUUUUGAUCUGACCGUGGAUGAUCAGUCAGUUUAUCCUAAGGAGUUAAGAGAUGACUACAUCGUGUCAAAAACUCUUGGAAGUGGUGCAUGUGGAGAGGUAAAACUGGGUUUUGAAAGGAAAACAUGUAAGAAAGUAGCCAUAAAGAUCAUCAGCAAAAGGAAAUUUGCUAUUAGCUCUUUGGGAGAAGCUGACUCAGCUCUCAAUGUUGAAACUGAAAUAGAAAUUUUGAAAAAACUAAAUCAUCCAUGCAUCAUCAAGAUUAAAAACUUUUUUGAUGCAGAAGAUUAUUACAUUGUUUUGGAGUUGAUGGAAGGAGGAGAGCUGUUUGACAGGGUAGUAGGAAAUAAACGCCUAAGAGAAGCCACAUGUAAACUCUAUUUUUACCAGAUGCUCUUGGCUGUACAGUACCUUCAUGAAAAUGGCAUUAUACACCGAGACUUAAAGCCAGAGAAUGUUCUACUGUCAUCUCAAGAAGAGGACUGUAUUAUCAAGAUUACUGAUUUUGGGCAGUCCAAGAUUUUGGGAGAGACCUCUCUGAUGAGAACUUUAUGUGGUACCCCUACCUAUCUGGCUCCUGAAGUUCUUCUUUCCGUUGGCACCACCGGAUAUAACCGAGCCGUGGAUUGCUGGAGUUUAGGAGUUAUCCUUUUUGUCUGCCUUAGUGGGUAUCCACCUUUCUCUGAGCAUAAGACUCAAGUGUCACUGAAGGAUCAGAUCACCAGUGGAAAAUACACCUUCAUUCCCGAAGUCUGGGCAGAUGUCUCAGAGAAGGCUCUAGACCUUGUCAAGAAGUUACUGGUUGUGGAUCCAAAAGCACGGUUGACCACAGAGGAGGCUUUAAAUCACCCAUGGCUUCAGGAUGAGGACAUGAAGAAAAAGCUUCAGAAUUUACUGGCUGAGGAAGCUAAAUUGAUGGCUAUACCCGAAGUCCUAGUUGAGCCUUCCACUAGUCGAAAGCGGCCCCAUGAAGGGGAAGCAGAGGAUGCAGCGACCACCAAGCGCCUGGCCAUGUGCACUGCCAUCUCACAAACACUGAUUUGAAUGUGAGAGAAACAGACUCUCAUUCAGCUGUCAUUUGAUUUUCUUUUAAUAGUUUGUAUUUUAAUUAUGAGAAUAACUUUUUUCCCCCCACAAUCACUGAUACACAAUUAAAAUCCUGACGGAACCUGA